UUUUGUUGAAACUUAGAACAAAAUAAAUUGAUAGCCGCUUUGUUUUCCUUUCGGCGUUAGGUUUUGAAAAGCCAAACCCAAAGCUUUGCCAUACAGCAAAACAAGAUGGAGAUGGAGAUGGAGACGGAGAGCCAGAAACCUUAUCAUGUAGACGUAGGAAAUCUUUUGGCUUUUAACCCUUUUCAUAACUUUCCUUCGCUCCCCACUUCCAGGGAUGAGCUAGUGAAGGAAUGUUUACAGGAGGGUACCAAGUUAGUUCAAGCAGUUGCAGAUAGUCUUUUUAACUUGCCUUCAAAUGAAGAUGUAGAUGGACCUCUUGUUAAGCUGCCUCCCCCAACAACAAAACUUCCUAGGGAGAAGCAUCUUCCGAAGCCUAAACCUCCCACAAAAUGGGAGGAGUUUGCUAAAAAGAAGGGUAUAAAGAAUCGUAAAAAGGACAAAGUUGUAUGGGAUGAACAGACUGGUAAAUGGAAACGUCGUUUUGGUUAUGAUCGUGUCAAUGAUGAUAAAGAUAUACCGAUCAUUGAGGCCAAGAUGACUGAUGAGCCAGGAGUGGAUCCUUUUGCUAAGAGACAAGAUGAUAAGAAGCAGCGAAUUGUGAAACAAGAGAAGAAUCGCCUCCAAAACUUGAAACAAGCUGCAAAAAUUGGUGCUUUGCCAAGCCAUGUUCAGCUUGCUGCUACAGCUCUGCCAAUAACAGGAACACAGGCACCAUCUAAGAAAGUUACUAAAGAUGAAUUAGGGAAUGUAGCUGGGAUGGCUGCUACUUCUACAGCUAGUGGUGGGAAAUUUGAUAGGAAGUUGCCGGGAGAAAAGCCUGCUAAAAAGCAAGGAAAGCAUCGCAAGUUCCUACCUGUCGUCGAAGGAUCAGGGAUAGGCUCACGAGAGAAGGAGCAAACUGAGAAUGUCCUAAAUAAGCUAAUCUCUAAGCAUUCCCAUGAGAUACUCAAUGUUGGCAAGGCUGUUACAAUGUAUAAUGUUAAGAAAGAGAAGAAAACUAGGAAUAAAAGGAAUCAAGAAGGGAAGUCGUCGUCAGCCACAGACAAGUUGAAACCGAAAAAGCAACUUCAUAAGAAGACUGGAAAGAAAGGACCAGGAUCCUCAAAGAAAGGGAAGGCAAAAUAAAAUUAUAGAUGCGUCAACCAUUCAGUAAGGUUGUAGAGAUUUUGGUUACUGGAAAACAAGAGUUUUUUAUGUAUCAAGUUGGUUAUUGCUUGAAGACAGGUUUACAACUUACAGUAUUCGUUCUGCUGACCCUAGUUAUCUUUCUCUUCUUUUUUCCAAGGAAACAAUCAUUUGUU